GGGCCGGAAGCGGGCGCGGCCGCGAGCUGUCAUGGCGGCGCCCGAGGAGGAGGCGGCGGCGGCGGAGAGCGAGGGAGGGGACGGGGGGGAUGAGGAGGCGUUGAGGCGGCUCGAGGCCCUGGUGACGGAGCUCUAUCGCUUCCGGGACACGCUGACCCCCCGUGACCCUGGCCGUGACCCCACUGACCCCAGCAAUGACCCCGCUGACCCCGGCGAUGACCCCUUGGUGGCUGAGAUGGAGAAGACGCUGAAGCUUAUGGAGGAGAUCCAGGUGUCCCCGGAGGGGCGUGGCCGCGCCCUGGUGCUCCGUGCCCGUGCCCUGGGCGUGGCCCCCGAGGCGGGCGCGGCCCGGGCGGAGCUGGCGCUCGGCCACGCCCUGAAGCUCGACCCCGCCCUGGGUGCGGCCUGGCGCCAGCUGGGGGAGCAAAGAUGGCGCCGGGGGGACCUGAGGGGCGCCCGCGACGCCUUCGGGGGGGCCCUGCAGCAGUUUUUCGGGGUGCCAGGGUGA